AUGAACGCCUAUUCUGAAAUACUCAAACCUAGAAUAAUUCCAAUUUCAUCAUCCAAAAAUGAUGUUCCACCACCACCAGGAUAUUCAGAAUCCGUGUUUUCUACAGCAACAAAAUCGCUGACAUCGUCAGGUAAGAAGACAAAGCAUGACGACGCCGAUUUGAAUGCAUUAAAAUCCAAGAAAAUUUGGGAAUUAGCAAUUGGUCCAGCAAAGUCGAUACCAAUGAACUUAUUUAUGAGUUAUAUGACUGGUAAUUCCUUACAAGUGAUUUCAGUUACAAUGACAUUAAUGUUGUUAUGGAACCCUAUAAAGGCAAUCUUCAAUGAAACCAAUCCCACCUUUUCCAAACUAUCAACCAAAAAUAAUGGAAGUGAGAUUAUAUUAGCAAAGAUUGUAUUCAUUAUAUGCCAAGUGUUGAAUAUGGGUAUUGGUGUUUACAAAUUAUACAAAAUGGGUCUUAUACCCCAUCAAGAAGCUGACUGGUUAGCCUGGAAAGAACCCAAGAAAAUUAUAGAUAGGUUAUAUUACUAA